UGCAGUGUAUACGAUAUUGUUUUGUUUACCUGUGCCGGUGCGCAGUCCGUAAUAACUUUGUGAGUUAACCUAAAACGCCGGAGUGAACCCCAUUGUACUUCGCGGCAUCAAACUCUUCACACGGAAAGAGGCGCGCUGUUUUUAAAUUCGAACUCUAGUCGAAGUGGGUCACGCAGAUUUGAUUUAUUUGUUCAUCAGGUUUUCUCAAUUGCUGUAAUUACUUAUUGAUCAAGUAGUGUCGGUAUAGAUUUGCUAGCAAGAAGUGGAAUUACGGUACCUUCUACGUACAUGUGUUUGUGUUUGCAAGUGUGUGAUAAUAAAAUGUGAAAAUGUGUGAUACCAAUAAAACUACUGAGGAUAGUGUCUACAUUGAAGACUUCGAUGAUGUGCCUAGGAGACCUUUUAUAAGGGGCUCGGAUCCAAGAGUGGCGACAUGUCGCGGGAAAUUGCAGAACCGCCGUUCCAAAUUAAAUCAGGAAAUCAACAAGGAGCUCAGGCUUCGAGCUGGAGCAGAAAAUUUAUACAAGGCCACCACGAAUAGAAAACUUAAGGAAACUGUUGCCGUGGAACUGAGCUUUGUUAAUUCGAAUCUGCAGUUGCUGAAGGAGCAGUUGGCGGAACUAAAUUCUUCCGUGGAGUUGUAUCAAAGCGACAGUAUCGACGCUGUCAUGCCAAUGAUCCCGCUGGGUUUAAAAGAAACAAAAGAAAUUGAUUUCCGGGACCCAUUUAAGGAUUUCGUCCUAGAGCAUUAUAGUGAAGAUGCCAAUCAAUAUGAAGAUGCCAUAGCAGAUUUUAUGGAUACUCGGCAAGCCAUGAGAACGCCUUUAAGAGAUAGCAGUGGAAUAGCGCUACUAUUUAGAUAUUACAAUCAACUGUACUUUGUUGAGAGAAGGUUUUUUCCACCUGACAGGUCUUUAGGGAUAUAUUUUGAGUGGUUUGAUUCUUUAACAGGUGUGCCAUCAUGUCAAAGGACUGUAGCUUUCGAAAAAGCUUGUGUUUUAUUUAAUAUGGGAGCUGUAUACACGCAAAUAGGAGCGAAACAAGAUAGAUCGUCAACUAAGGGUUUAGAUGCUGCAGUGGAUAGUUUUCUUAGGGCAGCGGGUACAUUUCGUUACAUUCAUGAAAACUUUACGAAUGCGCCAUCUAUGGACCUUGGACCUGAAAUGCUGGAAAUGUUCGUCCAGUUGAUGUUGGCCCAGGCUCGAGAGUGUCUUCUGGAAAAGCUUCAACUACAAUCCGAAGAAAACCGGUCAAUAGACAUCUGUCUCGAUUUAGCCCAGGAGGCGUCACAUUUAGCUGAUUGUUACAGUCAUGUUAACGAAUUAAUUACUCUUGAAGCUGUGCGAGAUUACGUCCCUUACAGUUGGUCUACUUUAGUUCAAGUAAAAAAGGAAUACUAUACGGGAAUGGCACAUUACCAUGUAGCUUCUGGAGUCCUGCAUAAAGAAGCUAGUGAUAUGUCGACCACCACUAAGGAAACUUUAAUGUAUCUGCAUGCGGAACCUUUAGGGGCUCAAGUGGAUAUCGGGCUACCAAAAGAUGAAUCUGAAAGGAGAAUUCUAGGAAGGGCUCAUUUAAGAGAGGCUCUUAUGCUACAUGAAGAAUGUCAAAGACUUCAUCGGAUGUGCCGUGAAUUGAAAGGAAAAUAUGCUCUUGCAAUUGUUUUAAGAAAUGCCCACAAAACAGCUUUACAUGCAUAUACUGCAACUGAAACCGAGGACGACUUUAGUGAUCUGUUAGAUCCCCCGCGGAUUCGAGCUGCCACAAAAUUUCAGUUAUCACUAACCCCGCCGGAUUUCUCACAGUAUCGUGUAAACGAUUUAUUUAGAGGUUUGGGACCGAUUGCCAUAUUUUCAGCCAAAAGGCACUGGACUGCUCCAAGACUGGUACAACUGCAUCGAGGGCGAACAACUGAGGGCUUUGGUUUCUCCGUAAGAGGAGAUGCUCCUGUCAUUGUGGCUAUUGUUGACCAACAUUCCCUAGCGGAGUUUGGUGGUGUAAAAGAAGGCGAUUUCAUCGUUGCCAUAGGUGAAAAAGAUGUCAAAUGGUCUUCCCACGAUGAGGUCGUGUCACUAAUAAAAAAUGCGGGAGAUUCCUUAAGCCUAAAAUUGGUUACGCCCAUGGACAGAAAUUAUCUUAAGCCCUCGAAGUCCAAUAAUUGCAAAGGAUCAGUUUCAACUCACAGCAGUAGUUCCGGAAUUUCAAGCGGAAUGUCGAGUCCUUCUGGAUCGAUGGCACAGCAUAAUAACAGCAAAAGACUAACUUGGAAUCUAUUUAAGAAACAUUCUUCGUCAAGGGAAGGAAAAGAUUUCUUUGAAAAUGUAAUACUUCGAUGAAUUGAUUCAUUCCUUAAACCCAGUAUGUGGUAGGUAAAUGAAGUUGUAUUAUUACGCUUUCUAAAUUAGUCAUUUAAUUAUUGGUACAAAUUCAUUAGUUUAGUAAUAUAUUCUUCGUGUAUAAAAAUCUAAUCUAAUCUAGACAUUUAACAAAUUGAAAGAUUGUGGAUACAUUUUUGGUUAAAAUCCAAUUGUUAAGUGCUGGUGAUUGUAAUGUAACAUAUUUCCAACUACCACAUAGUUAUAUAUGUCUACUUUACUUAACUUCGUGUAAUUACUUUAAAUAUGUUAUGUAAUAUAUAUUUUUAUGUAUUCCUUCUUAAUUGAACUAUUAUGUUAAUAUACUUCAAUAUUUAGAUUGUUGACUUACAUAGAUUAAGUCAAAGUACUGAGAUGAUAUUUAUACACACUGUGUACAUGAUAAGUGUAGGUCAUAUUUUUAAUAUAAAAAAAUGAAAAACCGCAUUGCUAUUAAAAAUGUCUACUUCCAUUUGUAAGAAUAUACAUAAGUACUUAAUUUUGUUUGCGUCCGAGAUGUAUUAUAUUUAGUCAACAAUUUUAUUUAUCUUGUUAUUUUGUUAUG